CAAAUCGAGAGGUAACCCUAGUUCCCAAAUCUUCGCUGCCGCCGCCACCCCCACCCCAGGCAACCCUAGUUCCCAGAUCCUUCUUGGACCCAGCAGCCAUGGAGCGAUCUUUCACGGCCGCCUCCUUCCAGCCCCCCGUCGUCGAUCCAGCCGGCGCCAACCCCUCCCGCUACCCCUCCUGGGUCCUCCUCGACAGCAUAGCCUACCUCGCCGACCGCGACAACGCCACCACCGUGAAGGGCAGGGCCAGCACGGGGCACGAAUUCAAGGUCAGCUUCUGCCUCGCCGACCCGCCUGCCGUCUCCUACUUCUGCGUCCACUUUCCCGGGAUCAGCAUACAAGAGGUUUGCACCACGGAGCCCCGCGUCGUCUCCUCCGCCGAUGAUCUCGUCCUCCUCUGCUUCGCCUUCAAAACCAACCCACCUAGCACAGACGAAGACUCCCAGCACCUCGAGUACUUCGUCUACAAGGCUGCCCCCGGUGGCAAGCACACCAUCAGACCCGUCCCUUGUUCUCCAGCCUACAAACACUCAUGGCACGCUGCCAUCGUGCCCCGCGAGGGCGACAAUUUCCUGGUCGCUGAUCUUUCCCCGAAUGGAGAAGACCUUGGGCACUACAACCUGCACAUCUUCUCGUCGGAGACGAACGAGUGGAGCACCAAACACCUGCAGCUGCAGGCGCCCAUCUCGGAUGUCCUGCCACGGGACUUGCCAAGCCAAAUCGACAAGGUGAUCACUCUCGGAGAAAGCAUGGUAGGAUGGGUCGACCUCUGGCGCGGCAUCGUCGUGUGCGAUGUGCUUGAGAAGGAUCCUAUUCUCUGCUUCCUCCCGCUGCCCAAGGCCGAUUUUGACCUGCACCGGGAAAGUCGAGCACGGCAAGUGCGGGACGUCAUAGGCUUCCCAAAUGGUUUCAUCAACUUCGUCGAGAUUGAACACUGUGUCAGAUGGUUGACUGUUGUCAGAAAGAGCACUUCGACAGAUAUCAUCUAUGAUGCGGAGCUCCUCAACCAUGAUGAUAUGGACGUUACAGAUGACCAACCUUAUUAUGAACCUGCUGGCUGGAAGAUUCGGACAAUGCUUAGGAGCAUUUUUUGGAACUAUUGGCACAAGAGUCACAUUGUCCAUGUUGAUGAAGUAUCAGCCUUUCCACCUGCACCCUCUAAGCUGCAUCAUCAUCUAUGGAAUGGUAAAGACAAUAAAUGGACAUUGGGAAACCUCAAGACUACGAGCUUCCCGACCUUCAGUGUUUACAGUGGUAAUGUUGUCUACCUCGUGUCUAAGGUGGAGUCUCAGGAAGAAGACACAUUGCUUGUUGGUGUUGAUAUUGGAAAGAAGAAGCUGGAAGUCAUCGACCAAUAUUGUUGCGGGAGAUCCAUUUCCUUUGAUCCCAUUCCACUUCUUUGUGUUGCUAUUGUAAAGAAGUGGGAAGUCACCGAACCAUAUUGCGGCGGGAGAUCCACUUCUUUUGAUCCCAUUUCCUGUGCAUUCUCCGAAUAUCUGAAUACCACUCCAAGUCCAAGGCCAUGUGAUGAGGAAGUUGCAGCAGAGUCUGCUCAGGACUGAAAGUAUCAUGAUAAUCUAUACCGUACUGCUGUGUGAAGCCUCGAGCCACAAGCCUCUCCUUGUAUUUAUCAACAGAACCAUCGGGACGGAACUUCGUUUUGAAGAUCCAUUUGCUGCCAA